UGGUUCUCUCUCUCUCUCUCCCCGAAAAAAUGGUGAAGCGUCCCGUGAAGUACUUUGUGGUGGAUGCAUUCACUGACACGGCGUUUAAGGGAAACCCAGCGGCAGUGUGUUUGUUGGAAAAAGAAGAAGAGCAAGAUGAGAAAUGGAUGCAAGCUGUGGCCAGGGAAUUCAACAUUUCGCAAACUUGUUUCUUGACUCCGAUUUCCUCUACCCAAUCGGAUGCUAAUGACCGUUCUGUCACGCGAUUCCACCUCCGCUGGUUUACUCCUUUAAUUGAGGUCAAGCUUUGCGGUCAUGGAACCUUGGCAUCUGCACAUUUUCUCUUUGCAUACAGGAUAGCAAGAACAGAUGUUAUCGAGUUCGUCACACUAUCUGGAAUUCUGAUUGCUAAAAGGAUUCCUACAGGAAGCAACAAUGUGGACGCGUCAAAGUUCUCAGAUGGCGACCCAGAGGAGCACUUCUCUAUAGAAUUAGACUUCCCUGCGUUUCCUGUGCUCGAGUGUGAAUCAGAGAUAUUCCAUCACUUCCUGAAACCCCGAAUGGCGCUCCGUGGGUACUUCAUUUGUGUAGGUUUGAAUCAGUAUGCUAGAAGGAGCAUGCAGGAUCCUGUUUGUGGAAGCAUACACUGUGCUUUAGUGCCCUAUUGGAGCAAAAAGCUGGGAAAAUGUGAUUUUGUUGCAUACAUGGAUCCUGUUUGUGGAAGUGCACACUGUGCCUUGGUGCCUUAUUGGAGCAAAAAACUGGGAAAAUGCGAUCUUGUUGCAUACAUGGCAUCUCCAAGGGGUGGAGUACUGGACUUGCAUUUAGAUGAGGCAAACCAAAGAGUACUGAUUCGAGGCAAAGCUGUUGUUGUAAUGGAAGUUUCUUUUGUUCCCUUAAGUAGCUGUGCAUUUGAAGACUAG